CGUGCGGAGUCAAUCGAGAUUGAGCUGCAGACGGCGCAGGAAGAGUGCACGGUCAUGCAUGCGGAGGUGACGGCGAAGACGGCUACCAUUGAGGAGCGAGAGACCAAGUUGGCCGAGAUGAAGGGAGAGUUGGAAGGGCUACAGAACGAGGUAGCGGACGCGGAAGCUCAG